AUGGCAACCCAAUCGGAGGCAAGUGGCGUCAUCUCAACUUCCGCGGCGAUGCAAAUCACGGAGCGGUUAGCUAAUCUGCUCGUCGAAAGGAGUGCUACGGACAUUGUGAACCAGCUUGGAACCCUCGAGGAUUGCCUCGCAAUCCGUCUGUCUCUGCUGGAAUCUGCUGUCGAUCGUCAGGUUGCCGAUCACCACCGCCAAGGCACGGACACACUCCAGGAGCUAGCUGACGUAAUCCAGAGGAUGGCGAGAAGAGCGCUCGUCGGAUGUACGGAAGUCGACUUGGAGCAGAUAGCAACCACUGCUUUCAUCGACGCAAUCGAAGACACCGACAUCCAGCUUCUUGUGCGACUCGCCCACCCAACCACGACUCGUGCAGCACUGGCUCGCGCACUCGAAGUUCAAGCAGCCAACAAAGCAAUGGACAUGGUGUCGACAUCUGGAAUCAAGCUUUCGCGGGUGGCUUACCGAUCUUCUCCGGUACGUUCAAGUAAACGUCGUUGCUUCACGUGUGGUGACAUUGGGCACUUAGCUCGAUCCUGCCCAAAUCACUUGGCCCCGUGCAAAAUGCAACCUAUACCAACGCCAAACGUUUCAAGUGACAGUGAGCCUGGCAAGGUUGAGUCUCAUGUAGUGCAUCAUGUUCCUCUGGUGACAACGUCACUGCGCACCUCGCCAACGCCAUGUCUUUCAGUUCAUCUUCAUGAGUUGGGACAACAUGUGAAUGCUAUCGUGGACACCGGAGCUGCAGUAAGUCUAAUCGAUUAUGCAUUACUGCAAUCAGCAAAGUGUACCACGCCCAAAACACUUCCUGUUGUGCUUUGCGAGAUUACGGAAUUGAACAUGCGGCCUCUUCACCCUACCAUCCUCAAACGAAUGGCCUAG